AUGUCGAACGGUAUGUCGUAUCCUGGACUCAAAUGUGUACUGGAGUUUUUGGAAGCUAACAAAAGAAUCCACAUCUCCUCUCGUUCCCCGUCUCUGAGACUAAUCGAACGAAAUGUUCCAUUACGUUUGGUCACUCUGCGUCUAAGCGAGACUCGGGUAAAACUAAACAAAAUAGAAUACAAAAUUAUUGAGGAUCAAGAGCAGACUACUGAUGAUCCUCGAUCUGAAUUGGUACUUGGCGAUAUUUUAUUGGGAUCCGAGACUCCACCGGAGUGGACCCGUGUAUAUCUAUUGAUGCAGUUUUGCAACCAAAUAAGAUUGAUUGCGGAGAGACGUCUACCGGCAAAAUAUCCAAUGAAAAUCCAGGCAGCUAGGAAAAUGUUCGAUGAGAUUUUUGGAAGAAGGAGGGUUAUUCUUGUGGAUAAAUUGAUAGUGGCAGUUUAUGCUCCAACUAUUCUCCGUCUUCCAGUAGGCUUUCAAGCUCGAAUCAAUAAGUUGGAUUGUGGGGGUAUUGAUGUAAAACAGUGUCUUCCUUUGAUUGAUCCUGCUAGUUAUCCGCUCGAAAAACUUGAGAUUCGUAAACCGAUAACAUUGGAUCUGCCUAUUAUUCAGACAUGCGAAGAAUUGUUAAUCAUUGAACGCAGUGAUAUUCCGGAAAACCGGUUGAAUAAUUUGUUGAGACUAUCUCAUAAAAACGCCAGAGUUAUGUUCGGUUACUUCCAUACGGAAACUUUCCACUCCGUUAUUCAACACUGGAUGGCCAAUGGACAAGGGAACGCAGUAUGUUACGAGAUGGAAGACGUUUCUGGAAGAGAAACGUCUAGAUUUCUGGAAGAGGUUAUACAACGAUACGAUGGAAAAACCAUGAUGUUUGCAAGAACUGCAGCCGAUGCCAAAAACGUCUUCGAUUUCGUCUCAAUCCCUUUGAAUGAUAAUUCUCACAUUGUGGUUUAUCCGGAAAACCUUGAAUUUCCAUACAAUGAUCACAGAGUAGUAAUGAAAAUAAUGCCUAUCGGAACAUCUGAUGAACACAACUAA